AAGAAAGCAAUAAACCUUUCUUCAAAUAUUUCUCUUUCUUUUCUGUUUCUAACAUGGUGUUAGAGCAAUAAGCCUCUGGUUCUUUUUUCUUAUCAUCGUUGUUUGGUUUUUUUGGAGUUGGAUUUUCAAAUCCAUUCUAGAUUUGAAACUUUGUCGGUGGAAUCUCUUUUCCUCCAAAUUAGAUUGUUUAUCCUCGAUUCUCAAGCCCUUUCUGAGGUGUUGAGGAGCUAAAACAAUCUCUCAAUCAAAAAUUUAAGAUGAAAGAUCUUGGUGGUCUAAGUUAUUUUCUAGGGCUUGAAGUCACCUCUUCAUAUGAUGGCUACCUACUUUCUCAAGUAAAGUAUGCCUCUAAUCUUGUUUAUAAAGCCGAACUCAAUGAUAGUAAGAGUGUUUCUACACCUCUUGAACCUAAUGUCAAGCUUACACCUAUGGAUGGCUCUCCACUUUUUGAUCCUACUCACUAUCAACAAUUGGUUGGUAGUUUGGUUUAUCUUACCAUGACAUGCCCUGACAUAGCAUAUGCAAUUCACAUGGUUAGUCAGUUUAUGGCUACUCCUCGCUCCACUCAUUAUGCAGCAGUACUUUGCAUUAUUUGCUAUGUUAAGGAAACAUUGUUUCAUGGACUCCAUUUUUCUACUAACUUCUCCCUUAUGCUUCGUGCUUAUUUUGAUGCUGAUUGGGCUAGUGAUCCUUCUGAUCAUAGAUCUACCACCGGUUACUGUCUUUUCCUUGGUAAUUCUUGUGUCUCUUGGCGGAAUAAGAAACAAACUAUUCCAUCUUGUUCUAGUACUGAAGCUGAGUAUAGAGCUCUUGGUGAUACUAAAUCAGAACUUCUUUCAUUACGAUGGCUUCUUGAAGAUAUGGGCAUUCCUCAACCUUCUUCUACUGAUUUAUAUUAUGAUAAUCAAAGUGCUAUAUAGAUUGCUCACAAUGAUGUCUUCCAUGACAAUACAAAGCAUAUCGAGGU